AAAUACGCGACCAAGAAACCUUGUCGUUUCACUUUCAUUCAGUCUCUGUAAAAAGAAUCUCAAGAGUCUAGGACAAGAGACCUUUCUCUACCGCUGCAGCGUAACGACCAGGUCAUUUGGUAGAGAACAUGUCGUGGAGAGGAAAACGAAAAGACAAUGAUGUCCGAGCAACAGAUGACGAAUCUGAAACCCACGCGCCGGCUAAGAAAGUCGCAAAGCCAGCCGACUCCUCCGACGAGGCUGACGACAUCGUCGUCUGCACUAUAUCUAAGAAUAGGAGAGUCUCUGUGAGGAACUGGAACGGCAAGAUUUGGAUUGACAUUCGUGAGUUCUAUGUCAAGGACGGCAAAACUCUUCCCGGCAAGAAAGCUAAAAUUAGUUUGUUCUGUCACGUGUUGACAUUGACAAAGUUUGUUAUAAUGUUGCAGGUAUCUCUCUAAGCGUCGAUCAGUGGAACACUCUCCGGGACCACGCAGGGGAUAUCGACAAGGCGCUCUCUGAUCUUUCUUAGCUUUAAAAGUUUGUAUAAUUAGUAGUAAAGUCUAGUAGAAGAUGAUGACUCAGUGUUUUUGAUGUUUUUUUGGAUCUUCUAAAGCUUUAUGACAUUGACAGAACACCAUGUUCUGCUUAUCGCU